AUGAGUCCCGACCAGAGUCAACGCCCUCAGAACAUUGCCCACACAGAAGAAGACAGCGACGACGAAAUGUGGGACUGGGAUAUACGACCGAAGCCCUCAGAGGGCCCAUCCGCAGAGCCAUUACUGUCUGAGGAAGCCUCGGGCGAGAGGGGGAGAAGCAGCUAUGAAGGCGUUGAAGUAGAUGAGAGGGCUCGGGAAAGAAGGCGACAUGAGAUGCGGAGUAGAAGCCCAACCAGCGCUUCAGCUAGAGCUGAGAAUCGUAAAAAGUACGUGAUGGCGGCGAUCUUUUUGGUCUUAUCGCUCGUUUCGUUUGUGGUACAAACUGAAACGGCUGAGUACAUACAACUUGAACUCGGAUGGCAGAAGGCAUAUGCCAUGUUAUACUUAACCCACGGGUCCUGGGUUGUUCUCUGGCCUACUCAGCUCCUGAUCCUCAAAAUGCGCAAACCAAAUACACCGUGGAGAGCAUUCCUCACCGGGCACCUUAGCCACAUAAAGACCACCGCCCAGAUGAUCAUGGCGUCAUCCACCCGCCUUUCUCACUCCCAAGUCCGGGCCGAUCCGAAAUACUAUAUGCUCAAAAGGAUCGCAUUCAUAACCUGCGCUCUUACUUUUGCGGGGUCAACCUGGUACAUUGCCGUUUCGCUCACCACUCCAAGUGAUCUAACUGCAAUUUAUAACUGCAGCGCAUUCUUCGCAUAUGCGUUCAGUAUCCCCAUGCUUCAUGAGAAGCCAAGAGCGCUGAAGAUCGGGAGUGUUGCAAUCGCAAUUAUAGGUGUACUCGUUGUCGCAUAUGGUGAUGGUGGUAGCAGCGUCGGCGAAAACGAGACACAUAGUGAGAAGAGCCGUGUCCUAGGAAACAUCAUUAUCGGUAUCGGAAGCGUUCUUUAUGGGUUCUAUGAGGUUCUUUAUAAGAAGGUAGCAUGUCCGCCCGAAGGUACAUCCUCGGGUAGAAGCGCUAUUUUCGCAAAUACUGUAGGCUCCGGGAUAGGAGCCAUUACUUUGAGUGUGUUAUGGAUCCCAAUACCGAUCCUGCAUUGGACCGGCGUCGAGAAAUUCGAGAUCCCAAGCGGUGAGGCGGCUAUUAUGCUUGCCAUCUCCGUAUUCUCCAACGUUGUGUUCAGCGGAUCUUUCCUCAUUCUCAUGAGUCUCACUAGCCCCGUUCUUUCUAGCGUUGCUGGGCUACUCACAAUCUUCCUGGUUGCAAUAACUGACUGGUUCAUAUUCGGCACACCUAUAAGCACUGCGGCGCUAUUAGGUGGAAUGCUAAUUAUUGCGGCGUUCGUACUCCUGAGUUGGUGCACAUGGAAGGAAAUGAAUGAGGAGAAACCUAAAGUAGAGGAUGAUAUUACUGAUGAAGAUGACUAA